UUUAGAGUGCAAUCUACAAAUGGUCCGUUCACUUUAUUGUGAAGAGAAGCAAUAUGCCCCUUAUCCUAUGAUCUAACAUGGAUUCCUUCUUCUUUUUCUGUUCCCAUGCAGCUACUACCUCUAUGACACCCCAUCUCGUACGUUGAGUGAAAAAGGAAGCGACAGGUAGCAAUUGACAUGGAGAUGAGUAGUACACUGCAGUUCUUUCUCACCCUGUGCAUGGCCGGAGCUUGCAGCCUGGCCUUCUACUUCUACUACAAGGCCUGGAUCCGACCGCAGGCCAUCCGCCGGAGGCUGAGGCAUCAGGGCGUGGAAGGCCCGCCUCCUUCGUUCCCGUUCGGGAACUCGCUCGAGAUGAAGAGGCUUGUCGCGGAGGCCAAAGGCAGAAGAGGUCGAGGAGGAGGAGAAACUGCUGAAAUCAAGCAUGACUACACUCCUUUGGUAUUUCCCUACUUCGAGCAUUGGAGGAAAGUUUACGGUCCAGUGUUUUCGUAUUCAAUGGGCAACGUUGUUGCAUUACACGUGAGCCACCCUGAUGUGGUGAAGGAGAUCAGCCUCUGUUCUUCCUCCGAUUUGGGGAAGGCCACUUACUUGAAGAAGACACAUGAGCCUCUGUUCGGUCAAGGCAUUCUGAAAUCCAACGGCGAGUCUUGGUCUCGCCAAAGAAAGAUCAUUGCUCCGGAGUUCUUCUCUGACAAAGUCAAGGGGAUGGUGGAGUUGAUGGUGGACUCGGCAACUCCAUUGCUGAGGUCUUGGCAAGAGAGAGUUGAUCUCGCGGGGGGAACUGCGGAGAUAAAUAUUGAUGAGGAUUUGAGACGCUACUCUGCGGAUGUGAUCUCGAGGACAUGUUUUGGGAGCAAUUACGCGAGGGGGAAAGAGAUUUUUCAGAAACUAAGAGCUCUGCAGAACGCCGUCGCAACACCCAAUCUUUUUGCCGAAAUCACUGGAUUAAGAUGCAUACCGACGAAGCGAGCGCGGGAGGUGCAGAGUCUGAACAGAGAGGUGAACGCUCUGAUCUUGAGGGCAGUGAAGGAGGAGGAGGAGGAGGGCGGAGGAGGAGAGCCGAGGAGGCUUACGCAGAGGAACCUUCUGCAGGCCAUCCUUCGAAGUGCGAGCGAGAGCCUCGAUUUCUCCGAUCGGUUCGUGGUGGACAACUGCAAGAAUAUAUAUUUCGCCGGCCAUGAAACGACGGCGGUGGCUGCCAGUUGGUGCCUCAUGCUUCUGGCGUUGCACCCUGAGUGGCAAGCCCGGGCGCGCACCGAGGCGGUGGAGGUCUGCGGCCGCGGUGGCCGGUCGCUGGACGCGAAUGCGCUGCAGAAGAUGAAGAUAUUGACGAUGGUGAUCCAGGAGACGCUGAGGCUGUACCCUCCCGGCGCGUUCGUGGCCCGGGAGGCGCUCAGGGACGUUAACCUCGCCGGCGUCCGCGUCCCCGCCGGCGUCAACAUCUACGUCCCUGUCUCCGUCCUCCACCACGGCGUCGCCACCUGGGGCCCCGAUCCCCACCGCUUCGACCCCGGCCGAUUCGCCCGCGGCGGCUCCUCCUCCUCCACCCCCACCAGCCGCCGCCUGCCGCACACCUACCUGCCCUUCGGCGCAGGUCCGCGCACCUGCCUCGGCCAAAACUUCGCCAUGGCCGAGCUCAAGGUCGUUCUCUCGCUUCUCCUUCUCGAGUUUGCCUUCGAUCUCUCGCCGGCGUAUUGCCACUCACCUUGCAUGAGGCUGAUCGUGGAGCCCGAGUACGGAGUGAAGCUGCUGGUCAAAAAAGCGCACGUUGACUCCGGUACUAAAUAAUUUGGAGCUCGUCCAUCUAUCUCGGUCAUUAAUUAUUGAUUAAUAUGAUUAGGAAUUAGCUUCCAUAUUUAAACUUUGCUUGCAAUUAA